ACUCACAACAGCGCGAGAUACCAAACCCAUGAUCUCUCUGUCUUUCUCUCUCCAAACCAAACGCUGUAGGGCUACACGCCGGGGAGUGCAGGAAAUAUUACAUUUCUACCGGACAAUGGAAGUUUCAUAACGGGUUACAGAGACUGGAUUCAGAUCGGAGGAAGUGCAGCUCGAACCAAACAAACGCACAAGCCACGCGCUCCGGACCGAUACAUUCAUUUUGCGCAGCACAGAAUAAGUAUUAUAGCAGUAUUGAUUGAUACAGCAAGUGUUACCAGUCCAGACAAACACAUUUUCACAAGGCACAGCUGUUUGCGCUGGCACGAACUGUUUGUUAGACCCAAUCUAUGUAUCUAUCCCAGCCUGUUCCAAACGACUCUUGAAUCCUGGAUGGCAGUCUGAAGGGGAACAAGUACGGCUGCAGGACCGAGCCGGAAAUGCCAUUUGUUCGGGGGCAACAUAAACGAGCUUUGUGGCGUGGUGUUUUUUUUUUCCAGGGGACAGGUGCCGUUGUGUACGUUGUUGGGGUGUGGGGUUAGUUGUUGGGGUAUGGACUUACAAGAAGCGACACAGUUGUCUUAAAGAUGUCAGAUAAGGGCGCAGGAGACAGGUGCGAUAGAGAGGACUAGAUUUCAAACGGACCCCUCCUCUCUUCUCAAUCAUUCUGGAUUAUAGUCCCGAGGUGGCGAGUCGUUCACGUUCCUCGCGACUGUUAUCGAUGCUGUCUGGGAUGUUAUGGGUGUGCGAUUCAGCUGGGAGCAAAUAACGCAAGAUAUUGUGAACCAAAUGGAAAGAGCUCAGCUACCAUGACGACUGUGUUCAGACCUUUCAUCAGACUCCUCUGGCUCCUGCGGUUGGUGUGCGCGGUCUUCCCGGAGGAACCAGGACCCCUGAACUUCAUCCCCACCGAAGUCGUGAGACGAUAUCCUGUGUUUCUUGGCCGACCUCAUCGCUCGUCUCCCAGACAAGAGCCCUUAUACAUACAGAGAGUCCUGCAGGUCAAUCGUACCCUUUACAUCGGAGCCAGGGAUGACCUUUUCCGUGUGGAGCUGGACAAUGUGGUGGGUGAAGAAAUGUUUUACAGCAAGAAGAGGACGUGGGAAUCCAACAAAAAUGACAUCAGAAUCUGUAGAAUGAAGGGAAAGCAUGAGGACGAGUGCCGUAACUAUAUGAAGGUCCUGCUCAGCCGGCAGGGCGGAUUGUUUAUCUGCGGGACCAACGCCUUCAAUCCGUUAUGUGCCAACUACACUGGAGACACUCUAGAGAUGGUUGGUGAGACUGUCAGCGGGAUGGCUAGAUGCCCUUAUGACCCCAAACAUGCCAACGUGGCCCUGUUUGCAGAGGGGAAUCUCUACACUGCAACAGUGACCGAUUUCCUGGCCAUUGAUGCUGUGAUAUACAGAAGUUUGGGGGACAAUCCUGCUCUCAGAACAGUGAAACACGACUCCAAAUGGUUUCGAGAGCCAUACUUUGUGAGUGCUGUGGAAUGGGGCCCGCAUGUCUACUUCUUUUUCAGAGAGAUGGCCAUGGAGUUCAACUACCUGGAGAAGGUGGUUGUGUCUCGUGUGGCACGAGUGUGUAAAGGAGAUCAGGGUGGUUCACAGCGCGUGCUGGAGAAACAGUGGACGUCUUUCCUGAAGGCACGGCUGAACUGCUCCAUCCCAGGGGAUUCACACUUCUACUUCAACUUCCUGCAUUCCACCAGUCCCAUCAUCCGCAUGCACGGCAGGGAUAUCAUCCUCGCUGUCUUCUCAACGCCGUCCAACAGUAUUCCCGGCUCUGCAGUGUGUGCCUUCGACAUGGAACAGCUGGCUGGAGUGUUUGAAGGCAGAUUUAAAGAGCAGAAAUCACCCGAGUCAAUAUGGACACCUGUUCCAGAUGAGGUGGUGCCUAAACCAAGACCGGGUGGAUGUGCUAUUCAGGGGUCAAAGUUCAACUCCUCCAACUCUUUCCCAGAUGACAUGCUAACCUUUGUCAAGACUCAUCCAUUGAUGGACGAAGCUGUCCCAUCGCUCGGUCAGAGACCUUGGAUUGUUAGGACUAUGGUCAGAGACCAGCUGAAUAAAAUGGUGGUGGACACGAAUGCGGGUCCCUAUGGCAACCAGACACUCCUCUUCCUGGGUUCCAGUCGAGGCACCAUCCUCAAAUUCCUUGUCACUCCAAACAGAGACAAUACAGUUUCAAGUAACAACAUAUUCCUGGAGGAACUGGAAGGCUACAACCCUGACAGGUGUGGGCCGGACUCUCCUCAGGCCAGACAGCUGCUGUCUCUCACGCUGGACCGCAUCAGUCACAGCCUCCUCCUGGCUUUCCCAUCCUGUGUGAUCAAAGUGCCUGUAGCGCGCUGCCAGCUGCAUUCCCGCUGUAUGAAGAACUGCAUCGCCUCACGGGACCCAUACUGUGGCUGGACCAAAGGAAGCACCUGCUCUUUCCUCCGCGCGGGUACCAGACUUCCCUUCGAGCAAGACGUCGAGCAUGGAAACACGUCUCACUUGGGCGACUGUGACGGUCCUCAGCAGGAGAGUUUCAUCGAGGAACCAGAUGGCUUGGUGUCUGUAAACCUUCUGGUGGUGUCUGCAGUUUCCGCGUUUUCCACCGGGGCGGCGCUGUCGGGUCUGAUGGUGUGUUGGUUGAUGAGCCUCAAGCACCGGCAGCGAUCCAGGGGAGGUGGAGCUGGCUUGGGGAGUCGACGCAAGAGUGAAAAAGAGCAGAGCAUGCUGCGACACAGCCGGAGUGGUUCUGUGAUCAGCGUGACACGAAUCAGUGGCGAUCGCCCUCGCUCUCAAGUGGAAAAUAUGUUCACCAAUGGCUGGCCGAAGUCUGGAGACAUGGACCCUGGACUUCCUACACCCGAGCAGACUCCACUACAGCAAAAACGUCCUUCUCCGAACGUUCACCUCACAGACUGCGAUUGGGACCAGACCCAUACGUUCCUCACGCAGACCGGGACGCCCUGCCCAGCUAACUCUGCAGUCAUAUACCUGAGCUCCAAAUACCUGCAGGGUGGGCGGCAAGAGGGAUCGGGUGAUGUGCCCCCUCAUUCUGAGCGUCAGCGUUAUCUCAUCCUCUCCCACCCGCCCAGUCAGCGGGAACAGGGCGGGCGAGGGUCCGCCCCGACAACCUGCAACUCUGCGGGUGAGUACAACUAUCCAGCGACCCCUCAGGACUCCCCCGAUCGUAGGAGGGUGGUGUCGGCUCCGACCACGCAGAUGGACUAUGGCGAACCAUUGCGUUGGUCCCGCGACAGGUUAAAUUUUAAUAGUAACAACGCAACUCCCUCCAACCACCACCCUUAUCCAAUUCAGCCCCGCACUAAUGCUGCGUUAGUGCGACCGGCCCACCAUACCCAGCGGGGUCUCGUAAGUGAACGUAACCCUAACGGACAGUGAGUCUGGGCAUAUUCAAGGCCUUCAGAAUCGUAUCACCCCCCCAAGACAGACUCAGAUAAGACUCUCCUUUUGUAAUUCUGCCCUACCUGUCCUUACUCACUGCCAUCCAGUGUCUAUAUAAUCUCCUAUGAGUGGCUGAGCUCUGAAGAUGUGACAAAUCAGCCAGCUAUUACAUGAGUGAGAGAAAACAAGCGUGUUGAUGGUGUUGAAGCUGUGGUCCUCAAGGCUGCUCACCCAGCUUGUGGCACGACGCUACUUAGCGCGUUAGCACAUUAGCGGCUUCUAUCACGCCCUGUCCAAUCAAAUAGAAGGAAUGCUUAGGCGAUGGGAGGUAAAAUGCAACAUAAUCAUAUUCUCGCAAACGGCUACGUGGACUGUUUACCAAACAGAUGUAGUCACGGAUUGUCUUUCUGUGUAACCUCACGCCCUGUGAACAAUUCAAUGGAUGUGAUCUGUGAUCCGCUGUGAAAGACACGCAACCGUCACGCCAAAACUGGGUGUGUAGCCAGAAAAAUUUGUGUUAAUGUGAACACAAACAGCCACACGGUUGACUGACACUGGAGUUUCAUAAAUGAUUCUGAUGUCAAGUGACUGAUUUCCCCGUCCCCUAACCCUGUAUUAAAUGUCAGGAAGCAAUCAAGACAACUGCCAUGUGACUUUAUCUAAAGACCUGUGUGCUGUUAUAUCAGGUGUGAGUGGGUGAAGAACAGUGUUAGUCAGAAGUCAUGGAUGAAUCAGGCCAAGCUUUGUGGACACCAGCCCUAACAGCACAGAGCAGAGAAGCACUGUGGAAAAUACUUUUAUUGUGUACAGGAAAAUAUGUUUGGGUGGACCCAUUUAUUUUGGUUUUAUAUAUAUUAUAUAUAGUUUCCAAAAUGAAGACAGUUUUGGUGUGUUUUGUUUUAUACAUACACUUACAAGAGAAGUUGACCGGAGCAAAGCAUAUGAAAGCAUAUAGAGCUCUCUCUCUCUCUCUCUCUCUCUCUCUCUCUCAAUAUACAGUACCAGUCAAAAGUUUGGAAACACUUGACUGAAAUGUUUCUAAUGAUCUUAGAAAUCUUUUAAUCUCAAGGUAUGCUAUUGUAGACAAAAAAUAGAAUUGUGCCAACAUAUCAUUAGAAAUCAAAGUUUUAUUUAACAAAAAUUGGAAUGGAUGAUUAAGACCGAACAAUGAUUAAAAAGCAGCCAAUAAGACCGCUGAAUAGAACUUUUAGAGUUAAGCUCUUGUGAAGGUGAUAAAAUAUAACAUAGUUUUGAUUCAUUUAUACAACAACAACAUUUAUUUAUAGAAGCACAUUUAAACACAUUAUAAAUUGUUUCGCUUUUAGUCACAACGUAAUACUUACAGUUACAAUUGUCCUACUCCAUAGUUUUGAAAAAUGUGCAAUUAUUCUAAAAAGUUACAAAUCUAAAUAAAGAAUGAGCGUUUCCAAACUUUUGACUGGUAGUGUCUAUUAUAAUUGCAUUGUAUAUAUGUUUCCUAAAAUAUAUAUUUUUAAUAUACAUACACGUGAAGUUGAUUAGAGCGAAGCGCGAAAACACUUUCCCUCUUUCUAUCUCUUUCUCUCGCUUGAUUUCCCUCUCUCUGCAGUCCAUUGACUAGAAUGUGAGCAUGGUUGUCCGGGCCGAGUAGAGCCGCUAGGGAGCUGCAUUCAGAGUGUAUCUGCGACACUGAGACUCUUUGUCCGGCCCAGCCAAAGGAGACCAUCCCAACAACAAAUAGCCGUUAAGAGUCGUGGCCUCAGCCUAGGAGAAUGUCAAUGAGAUGCCAGACAGAUCGGGCCCCUCCGGGUCCCCAUUCACUGCCGGCCCUCAGAAACCACACAGAAUCACGGGGCAGAUGUAUACAAUGUUACAUUUAGAUGGAGAGCAAAAAAAUCAAACCCACAGAGCUGCCCGUGGCCCUGUGCCCACUUCAACCAUGGUUCACUUUCCUCUGGCCCUCUUUGGAUUGGUGUUUGUUUGUUUCGGGGUUGUAAACCCCACGGGAGGCAUGAAAGAAACCGUGAACUAUUUGAUUCAUUUACCUCUCAGUGAACGACGUUAUCUCGGUUUUCUAUCCGAGGGCUGCCCAUAAUUUACCUAGCGUUACACCAGUGCCUCCACUAGAGGGCAGUCAUGCAUGUUGAAAAAGCAGGUUGUGGCGCUCAAUGCCUGAGAGGGUUUUGACGUGUCAGCAGCACCUAAUGUUUCACGAUAAAGCUCGCUUAAAUUCCAGCAUGAAAGAUACGUCUCUGUUUGAAAACAUGCACCAGAUGAAAAUUCUGCUGUGGUGUUGAUAGAGAGCUUGUUGUUAUUUUAAUACAAAUGGAUGAAAGCGCUGAAGCGGAAGAGUAAUGGAGAUUAAUGAAGUGUAUAAUUUAUAGGUUUAAGUGCCAAUGCAUGAGUGACUUCUAAGCAACAACUGAAUGUGUAAUUUACACUUUCAAGCAUGUUCACACUGUUGUUUAUUUAAACAUUCGUCCACUCUUUUACUCUUUCCCCUCAACCUAAAAGCUUGCAACACUCGAAUCCAUAGAUGGAUCUUUGUGGCCCACUACCUGGUAAAAAAAAAUCUGCCCGCCCAUGCAUGCUUGUGCCCAUCUCGGGGACUUUCUCACUCCGCUGCACCAUUAGGCGGAACAUGCAUGAUUACACUAAGUCUUGGCCUAAUAAGGCCCAGAGAUGAUCAUGAGAGAUGUGGAUGUGCAGAAACGCAGUCACCCACUUGCUUACAGUUCUUUAAAGCCUGAUUUUAGAAGGCAAUUUCAUUAGAUGUGGGCAGUAACACCCCAGGCAAAAAACGAAAGCAUCAGACAUGCAGCGCAUGUCCGAGUCUUUUUUUUUAGGUAGAUAGGACAGCAUUUCUUAUUGUAUUAUUUCCCAGAACAAUCUUGAACCCCACAAACAAACACCAACCCAAAGUGGUUUAAAGUGUGUAAAUAUCUGAGCACCCAAAAAAGUAAAAAAAAGGGAAAAAAGAGGCUGUGAAAUGGAGUUAAUUUGCGCUCUAGCUCUAUAAAAUGUGUUCCCGGGAAAAGAAAAUAAACAAGACUUGUUUCACUGUUUUCCUGCGUCGUAAUUCUCCUAAAUGGAGCCGGUCGUAAAAACUCUGCUUUCGUUUCGUUUGGACAGAAUAUAUCUUGAGCGUUUCAUAAAUCUGCCUAUUCUCCAUCUUCCAAUUAAAAUGCUGUCUGUGAACGAUGAUGACAUGUGCUGCAGCUGCAGGCAUUCACAAUGUCAGAAAGGCUGCUUUUCUGUUUUCUGCCUCGCCUUUAAAAGCUCUGAGAUUCUUAUAUCCCCCAGACAUAAACUGUCAGAACUAAUGGGCCACCCUAAAUGAGAGGAUGCAAAUGAAAUGGUUUGUUUUGAAAUGACAUGACAUGCUUUCACUCUGCAACAUGACAAGCACAAAUAGAGUCUGCAUCUUUGUAAAGUUGUAGAGAAUAUAUUAUCCAUUGCUGAUAUCUUCAUUUUUAUAUUUGUUUGUUUUGUUUUUGUGGUAAUGUUUUAGGUUGGUUUACGAUUUCAUGCAAGUGAUUUAAUUUGCUCUCUGGCGUGUGGAUUUUUAAAAUUAUAUGAUGACAAUGAUUUUGCUGCGACUGUGAUCUGAAUAUCAGUGUUUGAUCCUGAUUCAUGAACUGUGCAAAGCCUGUACUUAAAGAUCGAACAGGAAACGUUUCUUCUGAAAGAAAGGAAGAAAAAACACUUUUACCUUGAUGGACUUCUAAUCUGUAUUACUCCGGAGGCUGUUCGUGUUACUGGGUCCAUUGUCAUUAAAUGACAAGCCGUGUCCCCUUCAGUGUACAUAAUUAUUUCAGUGCUUAAAUGUAAUUUAAGUGAACUAUCUGCAUGAACAGAGCCUCGGUCCCAGUCCACAGAGGUAGUGUGUACUACUACACGACAUGCUACUGUGUGCCCUAAUGUUCUCCACCAAUCAGACAGUCACAUGCAUGCUUUUCAAAUCAACAGCACAAAUGCACACGUAUACCUACACCCACAUAUUUUUGCAUUUGAGAAUUCAUUGUCCUCCGUUCUGGUUGUCAUUGAGCAUGGAAACUGCUCUGUUUUAUCAUUUCCUGUUUUAAUAAACCAUCAAGA